AUGGUGACUCUUGCUGACGAUGAAGAUACAAACCCACCAAAACUCAAUCUUACAAACCCACAAAAUCAAACAACACUUGAUGUUCCUAUAUUCCCAGCUCGUGAUGGCCCUCAACGAUUAGUAGCAGCGGCAACAAAACAACCAAAAAAUCGACAAAAAGUUAGAUUAGAGCCAGGUCAUUCACCACUAGACUGGGCCAAGUUAUGCUCCUCAGGGAAAGAUCUCAGAGGAGUAACGCAACUAAGCAGAUAUACAUUAGACGAUCUAAAAAAACAUAAAACAGAAGACGAUGCUUGGACAGCCAUUCACGGAAAAGUUUACAAUAUCACACCUUAUUUAAAAUUUCAUCCUGGUGGAGUAAGAGAUUUGAUGCGUUGUGCAGGCAGGGAUGGCACGAAGCUAUUCAUGCUGACACAUUCAUGGGUAAACGUCGAUUUCCUCUUGGAAAAAUGUUUGGUAGGGUUUUUAGUUCCUUCUUCUGUUGAUGGAUAA